CUGUGUCCCUGUUGGAGGUCUACUUCUCUCGCUGGCACCGUUUGGGGAGUUUGAAUACUUAUCCGUACUGGUCUGGUCUGUCUGUGGGAGAGGAGCAUGGAGGAGGACAACAAAUACACGUCCAAACUGUCGCCCACUGUGGACCACUGGGCAGGCAUGUACCUAGUGGUGAUAGCGGUGCUGUCGGUCCUGGGUAAUGCUGCGGUCUUGGUGACCUCAGCACUCCGGCCAACUCACCUCAAGGCCCCGGAGCUCCUUACAGUCAACCUGGCGGUGACAGACAUAGGCAUGGCUCUCAGCAUGUACCCCCUGUCCAUCGCCUCACUCUUCAACCACGCCUGGAUUGGAGGGGACUUCUCCUGCCUGUACUAUGGCCUGAUGGGGAUGAUCUUCAGCACGGCCAGCAUCAUGACCCUGGCUGUCAUGGGUCUGGUACGAUACCUGGUGACAGGAAACCCACCCAGAACAGGCAACAAGUUCCAGCGUCGGACCAUCACCAUGGUGAUCAGUUUGAUCUGGCUGUACUCUGGGCUGUGGGCUGUGUUCCCUCUCUUUGGCUGGGGCGGCUACGGACCGGAGCCCUUCGGAGUGGCCUGCUCCGUGGACUGGGCAAGCUACCAAGACUCCCUGAACCACUCUACCUUCAUCAUGUCUCUGUCUAUCUUCUGUACCUUCAUCCCCUGCCUCGUCAUCCUCUUUUCCUAUUCCGGCAUAGCCUGGAAACUCCACAAGGCAUACCAGUCCAUCCAGAAUGGAAACUUCAACUACGGACACAUCGAGAGGAAAGUUACUCUGAUGGCGGUGUUGAUCAGCUCAGGGUUCAUCGUGGCUUGGUCUCCCUACGUGGUGCUCAGCUUUUGGUAUAUGUUCCAGGGGAAGGACAGUCUGGCCCCGUUGGUCUCCCUGCUGCCCUGCCUGUUCGCUAAGGGCUCCACGGCCUACAACCCUUUUAUCUACUACAUCUUCAGACGCUCCUUUAGACUCCAGCUCAUCCAGCUCCGGGGGUUGAUCUGCUGCUCUGCCCAGCCAGACACACCUUCGAGUGGGGAGACGGGAGAGGAGGGCAGACAGACUUUGAGGUCUGACCUACGACAGAGUCUCCCGGAAGAGAAGAGUGGAGCUCCUCUGGUAGGGGAGUUGGGAACUGCGGCGCUGGAGAUACAGUCUGAGAAUGAGUUGACAAGCUCCUGUUAA